GGUCAUGAUUGAGGUCAUGUUGUUUUAUGUAACGGUAGAGGUGAGGGCUAUACUAAAGAGCAUCGAGCAUACACAUUUUCAAAGAAAAGCCAAGUAGAUGAUUCCUGAUAACUAUAGAAAUAAACAUUACAGAUGGUUUGAGGAGAACAGUCAUGUUAUGCUAUUUUAAGGAGAACAGUCAUGCUAUUUUAAGGAGAACAGUCAUGCUAUUUUAAGGAGAACAGUCAAGCUAUUUUAAGGAGAAUAGUCAAGCUAUUUUAAGGAGUCAUGCUAUUUACUGAUACAACCCCCUAGGAAAUGCUACAGAAAAGGAUACACAUAUUUCAUCAACAUGUACAUUUAUUACCAAAGAAAAAUACAUUAGUCUGUCCAAACCUCAGCAUAUGUCACAGAUCUGUUCACUGUAGUAAAAGACUGACCUCAUUUAAUGUGAAGUCCAGAUUUACUUUUUGUUGUAACAGGUACAUUUCAACUGCUCUAUUACCAAGAUCGUCAAGUAUUGGUUUCAGAUUUACCUCAAAUGAACUGAUAAAUUUACCUAGAGAUAAUGUUGGAGGACCUCACAUUAUUUUAUCCUACUUCUCCACAUCAGGUUCUGGACACAAUGAAGUUCUUUAUUUUGCAAAUGUGAGAAGAAAAACGCAGAAUGUUUCUUCAGUUUUAUCCUGGAAAGGAAAGAUAAUUUUAUGUGGACAACACUUCUUUUUCACUAGCAGUAUAAAUUGCCAGAUUGGUUAUAAGCUGAAAAACAAUGUCAAAGACUGUUAUUCUUUAUUUAACCUGUCACCUGACUGUACGGAGGAGGAGUUACGAGAGGCCUAUCUACGCCUCGCUAAACAGUAUCACCCAGACAGUGGGACAUCAACAGCAUGUCCUCGCAAGUUUUCACAGAUUCAGGAUGCUUAUAAAGCCAUAAAGGAAAAUAUGAGAGCUGAUCUACAGAUGCCAGUUGACAUUGUUGAAGAGGAGGAAAAGGGAGAAUUUGACUUUCCUCACACACUACCUCAACAUAGACAGUACCUUGGUAAUGAGGGUGUAGGGUUUGGUAACCCUAGCCAGAGACAGAGCCAAUAUAACAAAUAUAAAGUACAAAGAGCAUCAGAAGUUGUGACUGAGUUCAGAAUGAGUAAAAAUGUCUUGCAAACAGAAACAUCAGCAUUAGCAGUUAAUAAGAAGCAAGCCAAGAAAAGUAAAAUUAGUAACACUAUAGACAGAAUAGUAGAAGACUUGAUACAAGAGUCCAUGAGUAAAGGAGAGUUUGACAAUCUGUCAGGAAAGGGGAAGCCACUGGACUAUACUGAGAGAAAUCCAUUGGUUGAUACCAUGACUCAUAACAUACAUAAAAUACUGAUCAACAAUGGAUAUGCACCACAAUGGAUUACAUUAGAAAAAGAAAUAAGGGAGGACAUAACAAAUGCAAGACAGAGAUUGGCCAUUGAAAAAAAGAAUAUGAAUAGUCUCACAUCAUCUUCUUCACUAGAGAAGAAAUGGAGACAUCACGUUAAAGUGUUUGAAAAUUCAAUUUUAGAACUGAACGAAAAAAUAAUGAAGUUCAACAUGAUAGUGCCUGUUACACUUUUACAAAAACAGAAAAUACCUUAUAAUGUUAAAAGGGAAAUCCAGAGGGUUUCCGAAAGAUAUGAGGAAUACAUACCACCUGACAGUCAUGUGACUUCUCCAGAUAUAUCAUCAGAAAUGGACAGUUAUAUUGCUGAAAGGGAUAGUGAUAGUAUAGAAUGGAAAGGAACAUGGAAAUUUAUUAAAGAGACGUUCAAAAGUAUGAAAUCAUAAGACAAAAUCAGCACUAAAUAAUAUAUAAAUAUAAGAAUGAAUAGUUGUUCACCAAUGCAGUUGAGUGUUAGAGCUAGAGUUUUAUUUGAAUUUUAAGGUUAUCUGGGAUUAAGCGCAAUGAAUUUUUCCAUCAUUUGGCAUCCAUCGCAGUCUGUGGUGUGGUGUGUUUCCAUCAUCUGUCCUAAACUUUAAAAUGUUUUUAAGGAUCAAUUUAUACAAUUUUGGUAUUCAGAAAUGUUAGGCAUUGUGCUAUAGAUUAUUCAAAACUCAUUUCUGUUUUGAAAAAUGUAUCUGAGAAUUAUCACCCUAUCAUAUGUACAGCCUUUGUAAAUUUAGAUGCGGUAGUCACCAAUUGCAAGUCGAGAACGGGAGAUGGCGCAAUUUGCCAAGAAGCAAAAGUGUGUCCUCUUUGUGACUAGAUGGAAAUCGGUGACGACUACCACUCAUAUUAUGUCAUGUAGCUACAAUGUACUUGAAUAAUUCUAGAAAAAUCUGCUUCCCCCUUUUUGUCAUGAAAUUGUUAACAUUUAUAAUUUUUUACAACUAUUUUCUUCAAACAAUGUAAUCAUAUAAGAAAAACUGUGUAAAUUUAUUAAGAACAUCCAAGAGAAGGUCGUUCCUCCAGGUUAAAACUUUUUAGUGUUUAUCAUAUAUGUAAUUCACACAUAAACUACUGAACCCAUUGAAACUAAACUUCAAUUGAUUUAUUCCUAGAGUGUCCAGAUUAUCCUUUUUAAACUAUAUUAAGGUCUAUGAACUAACAUGGGUGCCACAGCUUAAAAUAGAACAUAGAGGUAAAUCAGUUUUCUUAUAUCUUGAAAUCGAUAAUUGAUAGAGAAAACCUGUCCAAAUGAAAACUUUCAGAAUUUCAGGAUCUACUCACCUUCCUUUUGUAUCAAAGUUAUCAGAUGAAUCCUUAUAGGAGUAAUUGGCCUUAACUGACGAUUUUCUUUUACAAAUUUUAGUAUAGUUGCUUAAUAACCUAAAACAAUAUAAUAAAUAGAAGUUGUAAUCAUCAGCAAUACCAAAUCUACAAAACUGCAACUAUGACUGAACCAUACUGAUUUUCACACAAUUACAUGUAUUUGAAGCAGUUUUGCACUUAUGUCAUUGCUAUGUAAUAUGCAACAUGUGUUAAAGUCUUAUUUUAUUCAUCAUGUAUUCUUUUGAGAACUUGUAAAGGUCAAGACGAGGUACAAGUAUGUAAGAAAAAGUCAUAUCUAGCCUGAAUAUACGGAGAUAAAGAAAUGGUACAUUAUGUUUAAACUCGAAACAUUGUUAUACAAAUAGGCAGGUGUGAUAGGAUUUCUAAAGGGCAACUAUCCCUAACGACAAAACGACAAAGAUGUGAAAAAUUUCAGGUCACAGUACAUCCUUCAUUUAGUGAGUAAAACCCAUACCUUAUGUUAAGCUAUAAAAGGCUCUUGGAUGACAACACAUGAAACAAAUCCAAAGAGAAAACCAUAGACCUGAUUAUUCUACAACAAUAACCCAAUGAAUAAACAGAAAACAAUUAUGACGGACAGCAAUCAAUGACAGCUACUGGAUUACACGUUCAUAGCUUUGGACAGGCACAUAAAGAAUGUGGUUGUGUGACAAAUAUUUGUGAACGCACAACCUUUCCUUAAUUGUAACAUGUGGAAUAAGGACAGAUCACAAGAACAAACUAAAAAUCAGUUGGAAUGAGCUUAAAUCAUCAGAGCGCUUCUAUGCACAAAAACAAAUAACAAAAAGACAAAUGACACCGAGUAAAGAUUUUUUUACUCUACUACCGGUAAUUCCCUUUCUCCAAUUAAUGAACUUAUUGUUAUUUUAAUAAAGCAAAUUGAAAUAAUGGCAUUGAUUAUUUUUGAAGUGUAAAAAUCUUUCAAUGUUUUAGAUAAUUAACAUGAUUUUGAUGGUCCUUUCAUAUCAGUUGACAGUUUUGACUUUCGGAUUCACUACACUAGACUUCUACACAAUCUUAUCAAACAGAUGUUUUCGUAUUCAAUCAAAUAUUCCUUUAAAUUGCAAUUGCUUUUUUUCUGAGAUACAUAUGAAACAUUUUACUGUAAUAAAAAGGAAAUAUAUUAGGCUAUAAAGUUUAUGGACAUGUUGUAGGAAUUCCUAUUGGCACCAAUUGCCCCCUUUAAUAGCAGACACUUGUUUCUUAAUUGUUAUGAAUCACAGUUUAUUAUAAAACUCAGUAACGAUCUGAUGUGUCAAAUUACAUUUAGUUUACAAAUUUCAGAAAAAACUUACAGUUUCUUUUAUAUUAGUUUCGUUUUAACUAAUAAAGAGUUCUCUAAAAUACUACAAAAAUUUUAAAAAAGGAACUGGCUUGAAUAAUUAAUAAUUUCAGUUUAACAUUUGGGACGCUAUAUAUGAACAUUUAUUACAAAAGAGACGAUUUUACGCUCA